CGCAAGUGGGGAAUGUUGUUCUGCUACACAAGUGGGGAGUGUUGUUCUGCUACGCAAUUGGGGAGUGUUGUUCUGCUACGCAAGUGGGGAGUGUUUUUCUGCUACGCAAUUGGGGAGUGUUGUUCUGCUACGCAAGUGGGGAGUGUUUUUCUGCUACGCAAUUGGGGAGUGUUGUUCUGCUACGCAAUUGGGAAGUGUUGUUCUGCUCAGCCUGCUGUUCUUUACGAUAGAUACGCUCGCCGAGACUCGGGUAUCUUUUGACAUCAGUCUCAGGGUUAACGGCAAGAUGACAGCCCCGGUAGCUGCCCCCAAGUCUGCUUCCAACUUCCAGGAAUUGGAAACGUAUCUAAGGAACGACCAUGGCCAUGGAAAAAUAGUCCAAUGCCUUAGGAAACUUCUGAACGUAGUAUGCAGCGAUAAGGGCCCUGAAGACACAUACAGAGCCUACUUGGAGAGGCAUCACGGCAGUACCCUUGAACUUGUGCUGAAGAAAAAGUGGAGGCUCCCACACGAAGAUUUAGACAGCAAAACUCCCGAAAACAUGGACAUUACGCUACUAUAUGCACUCUUUAAAAUUCUCGUCGAAGUUAAAAAUGAUUUUAGAAAAACCACAAAAUUUAUGAAAAAAUUGACAGCAGUCAGAAAAGUUGGAAACGAUCUUUUGCAUUUAAAAAUAUCAAUGAAAGAUCUAAAAUUAUAUGAUGAAGUCGCCCCAAAAAUGGCAGAGCUGUUGGAUGAAGCUAAGAAGCUUUACCCCUCUUCCAUCACUGAGAUAAUCUCCAUAGGGAAAGAGAUACAACAUGACAUAAAAUGCGGGUUUUCACCUGGUGGGAGAGAUCUGGCUUAUAACUGCUACUGGGUCGCCACAAAGGGUAGGCAAAUUGUCAAUCAACGUUUCCAGGAGUACGCAAAAGAAGAUCUGCUUUUCGACGCUGGCUGCGUUGAAAGGCUGGCUGUGUUUCAUCAACUCGAAGUGACGUCAGAGGAAGAGGAAAAAAACGAACUUACGCUUGAGCAGUUAUUUGUUUCACUGAAAGAAAGAAUCGCAAUUGUUUCUGGCGUUGUUGGUGCUGGAAAGACCACCCUACUCAUGUACCUAAUGCUACAGUUUUCUGGUCCUCAGUCUGCCAUCCCAAAUCAUCUCCAAUGCUUUGAAAUCGUCGUGUUCAUUCAGUGCAGGGACAGAUAUAAUAAAAAUUUAAAGGAAGUUGUCGAGGAGCAUUUUGGAGCUUUGUGUGCGGACAUGACAGCAGAAGAUAUUCUGCUAACUCUACAGCAGCUCCGCGUGCUGUUCCUGAUCGAUGGAUUCGAUGAACUCAACGAAGUAUCGUCGGCUGUGUUGCACGAGCUGUUGGAUAAAACAUGGCACCAGGGCUCCCGCAUCCUCAUUACGACUUGUCCUCAGGCUGUCGAGGACCUCAAGAACUUGUUGAGAAAUAAAUGCAAGGUUUCAGAGGAGUAUAAGAUUUUACAAAUCUCAGAGCUUCGAAAACAACUGGAUUUUAUCGAAAAAUAUGGAUUAUAUCUGACCAAGAGCAGUGAUGCCGCACUAGCGAUGCGCGAACGAUUUUCCAGUCUAAAUCCGAAAUUGCAAUCAUUAUUCACACAGCCAAUUCUUUUGCUGUACUUCUGCUCUAUUUAUAAAGAGACUCCAGAAAAAAUUGACCAUUGGAGAAGCUUAAACGACUUAUCAAUGGACAGAUUUGAGCUUCAAAAGAUUGUCAUGAAAAGAAAGCUGAGCGAUAAGGGAGUGAAUGACCCAGACCUUCUCAUUGACAAAAUUUUGAGAGUCAUUGGCAAGUGGGCGUUGGAGUUCCUUGCCUGCAAUCAUGUUACCUUCACCUGUGCCGAUAUCUUGAUCUUGAAAGAACCGUGUAGCGACAAGAUAAAAGCUCACACCUCCGUCGUCGAAGUAGGCACUGAAGUGUUCCUCAAUAUAAUGCUUGUAGUGGAGAAAUCGCCGUCAGGGACCAGGGACACGACUUAUUCUUUCCCGCACAAGUCCGUCCAAGAGACAGUGGCAGCAAACUAUGUUGUUAGGAAGAUGAUGCUCACUGAAGAUACUCUUCAAGAGAUCCUGGGAGUUGAGCCGACAAAGAACGCAAGGUAG